UUUUUUUUUUUUUCGCACAGGAAACGGCUAUCAAUGCCGUCAUUUUGAGUUGAAAAGAAAACCCCUCCGGACUCGCCAACUCGAUUGCAUGCUCGCGAGUUUUGGCCGAGCUUACCGAGUUCACACAGAGCCUACCGACCCUGCUUCAAAAACGAUUUUUAUUCCGAGUCAACUCGUGCAAUAAGUGUGGGAACGGAAACUCGAGCUGACGAGUUAACAUGCGAGUUUGAUAAUUAUAUUAUAAUCAUAAAGAAAGAUUAUUGAAAAUGACACUAUGUCUAUGCAGUUCAAUGAACAUUUUUACUACAUUUGUUCAUUUUAGUAAACUUUGUCAAAGUUGCACAGUAUAAUCGUCUAGUCUGCUAGUCUACCGGAAAUUUCCAUUAUUCUGUCUUUCAUUUCUUUCUUGAUAGUCACCAAACUACUUUUUGUGCUGAUUUCAUUUCCUUCAGACCUUACUAUAAUUUAAAUAUUCAAGUUGUCAAAUUUUCUAGCAUAAUAUUGAUGGUUAAAGAUUGAUCAGUUUUAUAUUUUGUACACUAACGUGUUCUAUUUUUUUUUUUACUUUUAUUUGUUCACUUCUUGUAUUCUUUUCUUUGAUUAUGGGAGUCAACUUGUUUAACCAACCAUCUGUGGUGAGUUAACCAGGUUGAAUAUAUUUGGGCUUGCUACAAUGCUUUACGUUUCAGGGGAAGCAGAACAAGGGCAGGGAAUGAUGAAUAACUGCUUGAUUGUUCACAUCCCGGACAAGCUGCCGUAUGACCUUCACCACCAACCCACUGAGAGUGUUUUUGCUUCUGCCAUCAAUCCUAAGCAUGCCAACCAAAUUGUGAGGCGUUUGAAUCAGAUAGCACCGCUCGAUGAUCUCCGUCAUGUGAAACGAAUUCAAAAGAAAGUUCUUGAAGGAGGAGAAAUACAGCUAUUGGUGAUCUUGUGCUUGGCCUCUGAAGGCAACGAUCAGCUGGAUAGUAUGCCACCUCAUCUUCAGGAGUUGAUUAGUUCCUAUCAGUUGAGUCCUUUUAUCACAAAAGUCUGCAAAUAUGUUGCAACAUCAAAAGAAGAGUGGCAAGAACAAUGCAAAAUUUGGCCAACGUCAUAUCACCCAAGGACCUACAACAUUGAUGGCAUUACUGGAUUUAGCGAGGAGGACUCACAAUCAGUCUUGAAGUUUAUGCAAUCUGCUGUUGAGUUAGCAAAAUCUAACGGCUUGGUAGUCAAUGCUGCAGUGAUAGUGGAUCCUUCAACUAAGGAAAUCAUUUCAAGUGUAUGUGAUCAGAUUUAUUCUUGGAACUCUUGCAUAGAUGACAGCUGUAAUGGAAGGCCGGAAUCAUUUUGUUCCCAUCUCAAUAUUUCUGGUAGAUGUGAUCCCCAUGAACCAUUGCCUUCAAACAGUUCCUCCAAUAGGCUCAAACAGCCAUGUACAGGUGCUGCUUGUUUAUAUACUCGGCAAUGGGCUGAGCAACCACCUCGUUCACAAAGUUCAUAUUAUUGGCACCCUUUGCGACAUGCUGCCAUUGUAGCUAUAGAAUCAUCUGCUGCCAGGGAUAGAAACCUUUUUCCCAGCGAGGGGAGCAAGGAAGCAAGUUAUCAGGAAUUGGAUAGUGAGAAUGCUUCUUGGACUAGCUCUCCCGCAAAGCGACAGAAAACUAUGUGUGGAAAUGGUGAGGAUGAUGAUAAAUUGAAUGCUUGCAGUCAGCCUUCUCGGCAGCCGUCAGCGCGACCGUACUUAUGCACUGGCUAUGACAUAUAUCUUGUUUGGGAACCAUGCGCAAUGUGUGCAAUGGCCCUUGUCCAUCAGAGAAUUAGACGAAUAUUUUAUGCUUUUCCAAAUCCUAAUGCGGGUGCCUUGGGCAGUGUCAACAGAUUACAAGGAGAGAAAAGCUUAAACCAUCAUUAUGCUGUUUUCAGGGUUUUGUUACCUGAAGAAGGCCUUGCAUAAAUGUCAGGUUUAAGUUGCAGAGACUAUUUAUUUCUGAUUUUUGAAUGACACUUUUUUCUAAUUCUUUGGGCAACUUUCUGAUAUUAGUGACAAGUAAGAAAUGCCAACGAGACCUUUUUCUAAUUUAUUCUUUCGAACAAUUUAUCUAUACUUAGUUGAAAUUUGUUGAAAAUGAAAAUUGUGGAAUGAACGGGUA